CACAGAACUGAAUUGUAUGAGGAUCCUCCGUCAGCAUGCUGCCCUAUCGUAUAUUCUCCAGACUACAACAUCACGUUCAUGGGACUUGAGAAACUGCAUCCAUUCGAUGCAGGGAAAUGGGGAAAAGUAAUCAAUUUUUUGAAAGAAGAAAAACUAAUUGCAGAUGACUUGAUUGUACAGGCGCGGGAGGCUACUGAUGAAGAUCUCUUGGUUGUUCACACAAGGCGCUACCUUAAUAAAUUAAAGUGGUCAUUUGUUGUGGCUACUAUCACAGAAAUUCCACCAGUUGCCUUUCUUCCCAAUUUCAUUGUCCAGAGGAAAGUUUUGAAACCUCUACGAACCCAGACGGGAGGAACAAUAAUGGCAGGAAAACUGGCUGUUGAGAGAGGCUGGGCAAUCAACGUGGGGGGUGGCUUUCAUCACUGUUCCAGUGACAAAGGUGGAGGAUUUUGUGCAUACGCUGAUAUCACGCUGGCUAUAAAGUUCUUAUUUGAAAGAGUCCAGGGGGUGUCUAAAGCCACAAUUAUUGAUCUGGAUGCUCAUCAGGGAAAUGGCCAUGAGAGGGACUUCAUGGAUGAUCCUCGGGUGUAUAUUAUGGAUGUGUACAACAGAUACAUUUAUCCAGGGGAUGGAUUUGCGAAACGCGCCAUAAAACGCAAGGUGGAAUUAGAGUGGGGUACAGAAGACGCCGAAUACCUUCAGAAGGUACAUACUCACGUGGAAGGAGCGUUAAACGAGUUAAAGCCCGACGUCAUUGUUUAUAAUGCUGGGACUGAUAUUCUGGAUGGCGAUCCGUUGGGAGGACUCGCUAUUUCGCCUCAGGGAAUUGUGAAGAGAGAUGAAGUCGUGUUCAAAGCUGCCAGAAGACGCAGGAUCCCAAUCCUGAUGGUGACGUCUGGAGGCUACCAGAAGAGGACCGCGCGGAUUAUUGCCGAUUCCAUCCUCAAUUUGCAUAACCUGGGGCUUAUCGACAAGGAGCUGGCAACCAGCGGAGCCGAAAAUCCCAAGGUAGAGCAGAUGAUCAGAGACGCUGCUAAAGACUUAACCAACUUGUCGCUGCAAUGACGAGUUGCUAAGUUUUAGGAAAGGGCUUCCCGCUGCGGGAGCAGGAGGUCUCCACGUCCUUAUCAGGUUUAAUGUCACACGUUUAAAAAGGCUCCACUUGCCUGU